AUGGCUCAUCCAAGUACACUCUUUCACCUCGUACCGGUCAACGAGGUCGCACGUGACGCCCUUCUUCACCCAGACAACAGACGCUUUGUAUCGAGCUCUAGCAAAGGGCCUCUAGGUCUUGAAGUGGGCUUCCAUGUCUCCUCCAUGCGUCGCGGCCAUGUCAUCACCAGACUCGGCCGAGAUGCCGAUCUCAUUCUCCGGGAGAGCAGCCCGGGAAUGCCAAUGUCUGCAGUUCAUGUCGCCUUUGAGAUCAACCCCGCCACGAACCUCGUAGUCCUCUCCGUCCGAUCGAAACGGAUCUCGUCGGUCAAAUUUGCCGUGCUCAAGCACGAAGACGACAAGAAGACCUCUGAAGAUGACACUGGCGAGCAGGGUCUUGUACAGAAGGAAAACACGGAAGAUGCUGCGGCUGCGGGACUGUCAAUCAUCGGUGACGGUGUGAUCCUCUACACGCAGGAUUAUACACUCUCAAUCGCAUCUUACGAGUUCCAACUGUUCUGGCUGAAGCGCAGUGAGGAGUCGUUCAAGGCCCUCGUCCUUCGAGACUACCAGACAUCGUUGCAGCUACAACAGAAUGUGCGAUCGCGUGAUCGGCCAACAGAAGGCGAUCAUUCGGAGGCUCUGUCGUGGCACAUCACGAGGCUGGAUACAGCUAAAGGGAGCCUUUUCAAGGACAUACCGCGGCUUCGGAAAAAGAUAGGAAGUGGGACUUUUGGCAAUGUCUUUCGGGCGGUCGACGAGAUGUCAGGCAAUUAUUUUGCGAUCAAGGUGGUCAAGCUCGAAAAAUACGGCGAUAUUGACGUGGCACGAGCUAUGCUCCACAGGGAGAUCAAAGUCAUGGAGAGAUUGCGGCAUGACCAUAUCAUCGAAUAUCUAGGUCACCAGCACUUUCAGACUCUCUGUCCAGAGAUCUUUAUGCCCUUCCGAGAAGGCUCUAUAACUAGACUUAUUAAGAAAGGGUCGAUCUCUGACUACAGGCAGUUCUGCUAUGACCUGCUGCAGCAGUCGCUCAGCGGUCUCGAUUAUCUGGCCAGCUCGAAUGUGUGCCACCGCGACGUGAAGCCUGACAACAUUCUCUACUACACAUUGCCCGACAAGAACAGCUACCAUUUUCAGAUAGCCGAUUUUGGCCUUGCCCAUCAUCAAUCGCUAGCCAAGACUGUCUGUGGCACUGUCGUUCUAAACGCUGUAAGAAGUAAGGCCUCACGUUCGUUCCUCGAGCCCAUGGCGAGGCUGCAUCCGGAAGACAGGGCGUCAGCUGCGCAGAUGCUUGCGAGCCAUUUCAAUGGCCGGGGACUGACAACACCAAUGUGGAAAAUCCCACCCAUCAAGCCUAUGGCCGAGAGCAGUUCCCAGACAACCAAGUCGCCGUCUGCGGAGCUAGAAACUCCCCCGCAGAAGAAGCUACAAAUACAGGGUGGCAAAGCUCGCCUACGUCAGGAAAAGGCUCGCCGCCCUUUGAUCGUGUAUCAAGCCCGCAACCCACAACAUGUUCCAGGCAGGUCCAUUCAGCCAAUUCGCACCCAUCGCGAUGGCAUUGCCAAGCGCCAUGCUGGAUCUCGUGCCAGACCACCGUUAGAAAAAGCACGAGACUCACCUCAACAGCUGAGCAGGAAGGCUUGCCAGAUUCCCGGGGCAUUUGACAGCCCCCCACAUGAUUGA